CAUAUUAAAACCAAAUUUAAGAAAGUGUAUAUACUUAAAAAAAAGGAGCGCCUAUUUAAAAUUUGUUACGAAAUUUAUUAACCUUGUACAAGCUGUCGUAAAAUGUCGCAGUAUCGCAGUAAAAUGUGUUGCUCUGGCAGCAUAUCCUUUUGUUCAUCCAUUUUUGUGUUCACUUUGCUGCUAAUUUGGCUGCAGUGGCGCUGCAUUACAGUCAAUGCUUUUGAAGAGAAUGAUGCAUUUUGCAUACGCACCCAACCAAUGUUGCUGGCGGAUAUUGAGAAGCAUGUUAAUCCUUUGGAAGGUGAUCCCAAUUGCAAAGUGCUGGCCACAACGUUGACCGUUAAAGAGAAGGACAGCUUCCUAGACACCAUGUGUAAGGAUCACGGUACAUCGUAUAAGGAUACAUAUUACUUCUUCAAAUUGCGCAAUGGUGAACUUAGAGGGCGAGGUACACACAAAGAAAUUUGCGAUGGCAUCAAAAAUCCUUUGCUUGCCUGGGUGCCAUAUAAUAUGGUUUUGGAGAAUUUUGCACAGGAAUUGAAUCCAAAGGACCAACUGAGCUAUAUUGGCAAAGCCACGGAUUUGGAACGCGAAAAAACAGAACUCUGUCACUUCAGCCACACCGAUCUUGUUACGAACAUUACAUCAGAUCUUUUUGCCUGCAUUGUCAUGAUUUUCGAGGAUAACUUUUACGGUCUAGAUGCCAGCAUCAAUGUGCUAAUCGAAAUACAGCCACUCAUGUACGAGCUGCGCAACGUCACCUACUUGCCUUGGGUGAAUGUGUCCACCAGCUACAAAACCUUGCUCGACCGCACAACGCUCCACAAUCCAAGUCGUGAGCCAAAACAAAUCUAUGGCAGCAUAAAAUAUGAGUUUGUCGAGAAAGUGCAUCUAAACGUGAGCACUGUCUAUAGCCACAAUUUGGAUCAGUUGCCGCUAUUAUUUGAGCAUGCGGGUGCAGUGCUGGAAUUGAAUGACGUGGGAGUCGGUGGUGUGGAUGUAUCGACGAGGGCCUUUUUCGGCCGUUUUAUGGACGCACGCACGUCAGUCAAUGUGGAAGUGAUCGGCCAGUGGGCUGAGCAUCGUCAACAAUUCAACGCUGACGUUUUCGAAUAUUUCGGUUAUGCCAUAAAACGCUUUCGCAAUGAAAUCCAUCAUGGUGAGGUUACAUUUACGCGCAUCGAAAGCGCCGAGCCAGUAUAUGAAACACUCGAUUCCACACACCUUGCGGCGGUCACGACUUACAAAACGGGCGCUAAGAAAUUCGAACGCCUGGAAAUGGCUGAGGGGGAGAACGGUACGCAUGCGCCAGAUUGGGAUGACGAAGAGCUUUUCGAAUCAACUGAGGGUGAUGGUCAUCCAUAUCCAGGUUUCUAUCCAUGGUUCGUGGCUAGCAGCCUUGUGUUGGCGGUGGUGCUACUCGUGGUGGUGAUUGGUGUAGUGCGCGCUUGGAGCAAGAAUGAGGAGAAGAAACGCUACAAGUUGGCAGCCACCUCUGCAUAAGCGGUGAGGAGUAUAGAGUGGAGGAAAGUUUUGCAGCUCAAAGGCAGGAAUUGCGUGGAGCGCAGUAAUAAUAGAUAAGUAUUAUCGAGGAUAUUUUAUAAAAAAAGGUUCUAAAUUGUUAAGCAUAUUAUUUUAUCUUUUUGGUUAAUAACACAGAAUAUUGUUUUUGUUAAAACAUUAAAUAUAAAAACAAAUCCUAAAAAAAAUGCUGCUAAGUAGCAAAAGGAUUUUCACCUGCCGGUCAAAAUUUCUAAUAUAUCGGCAUGAAUAACGUGAAUAAAUAACACUACCCAACAAAAUUCUGUUGAGUAAAAUAUUGUAGCCGAUUCUUAUAAGAUUUUUCUAGUAUAAUUCGGAUCUGACCAUAAAGUUAUUGGAUUGGUUCUAGUUUUCGAGCAAUUUAGGUUUAAAGGUGCCGAAAAACGCAUUUUUGUACAUUUCGUCUGUGUGGGAGGAUAUGAAAGCCUAAACACUGCCUUUUAAUGCUAAAAAUCAAAAAAGGACGGUUCGAACAUUAUUUUUUGCGAGAUGGAGAGCGUUUCUGAGGGUAUUUUAAAUAAUCUAAGCUAUUACAUUUAAAUUUUAGACACGAGUAAAUAUAUCUAAGAAUUGUAAAAGCUGUCUAAAAAAAAUCGCGGGAGAUCGGGCUAUUCGGCACUUUGAAGAUAAUAGCAAAAACGACGUACUUCAAGAAUUCAAAAAGAAAGCAACCAGAUUCGUCCAAUUUCUGUUGUAAUUCGCGAUUGAAUAGCUUGAUAAAAUAAUAGCAAUGCUCAUUGUGUUGUGUGGAAAGCUUACACAGGGCAAUACUGAUUUUUUCCCUUGAAUUUGCAUAUUCGUUGCAUUUUGAAUUCACAACAAUAAAAUGUACACGGCAGCGAGCAUAAAAUUUGC